UUUAUCUCUUAUCUGUGGAUAGAAAUGUCAUUUUAUGUGUUGCAUUUGCGGUUACUUUUAUUAAAAAUAUAUUAUGAAAUUUAUUUGGUUUAAUUAUUAAGUUAAUGAUGAUGACUUAACAUUGUUAUUUUCAAAAAUGGCUCUAAGUCGAAUGGCAUCUUUGGGAGAAAUAUACUCUGUAAAAUAUGUAAAACAGCAAAAGUUGACUGCACUUCCUAGGAAUAUUCGUAGUUUUAAACGAAUCAGUAGAAGAAAUGUGAAGUCGGAUUGUGAUAGUUUAGCAACUCCAUUUAGUGACGCUAAUGUUGAUCCCCGAAGUCUUAAAUUAUCUAAACUAAUUAGACCCUUUGGAUUUACAGUUUUUUUUAGUUCUGCAUGUUUUUGUGGAGCAACAGUAUGGCAAUAUGAGAAUAUGAGAUCACAUGCCUUAUCAAUGUUGAGAAGACCAUAUCCUUAUUUUAAGCCGAAUGAUAAUCAAAAACUAGGCUCUUGGAGAAGAGAUCUAAACCGUUGGUGGAAUGGUCUCUCACAAGGAGAAAAAAUCUUUGUUCCUAUAGCAUUCGUGAAUGUGUUGGUUUUUUUGGCAUGGAGAGUGCCUAGUUUCCAUCCAGUAAUGUUAAAAUAUUUCUGUUCUAAUCCUGGCAGUAAAGUAGUCUGUUGGCCAAUGGUAUUAUCAACUUUUAGUCAUUACUCCCUUUUUCAUUUGUUAGCAAAUAUGUAUGUCUUGCACAGUUUUAGUACAGGGGCAGUAGCAAGUCUAGGAAAGGAACAAUUUGUAGCUCUUUACUUUACUGGGGGAGUAGUUUCAAGUUUCACUAGCUUUUUAUACAAAGUAGUCACAAAACAGCCUGGAUUAUCAUUAGGGGCGUCAGGAGCCAUAAUGACCAUUCUUGGAUAUGUUUGCACUCAAUACCCUGAUACUCAACUAGGAAUAAUUCUUCUCCCAGUUUUUACAUUUUCAGCUGGAGCUGCAAUUAAAGCAAUUGUAGCUUUGGAUGCAGCAGGGGUUGCGAUGGGAUGGAAAAUUUUUGACCAUGCUGCACACUUAGGAGGAGCUCUUUUAGGAAUCGCAUAUGCGAAUUGGGGGGGUCAGUAUCUUUGGCAUAAAAAGGAUCCAAUUUUGGAAUUAUGGCAUGAAUUGAGAGGUGCAAUUAAGUAACUGUUCAUAACAAUUUUAGGCUAUUUAGAGGAGUAUCUUUUUAAAUUAUACGCCGAUCCCUUAUACAGAUGUAUAUUUUACAGGAAAAUAAACUAUUCAUUUAA